AUGGGUUCUCUUGGUGACCGUCCCACCUUUGAGGUGCUGGACGACGCCCGCCCGGACGACACGUCCCUGCCCGCCUUCAUGGUCUCCAAGACCAGGGGCUUCCUGCCGCGGGCGGACCCCAUCGUCGAGCUGCCGGCGGAGUUCCGGGCCCUCGAGUCCCUCCUCACGCGCAUGCCCAUCAAGAGGCUCGACGGCGAGCCGGGCCUCCUGGCCGCGGGCGAGCUCGGGGACGCCCUGGCCAGGGAGCUGCCCGACCUCACCGACGCCAUGGACCUCUACAAGGACAACCUGCCGCUGAUGAACGCCCUCUACCGCGACUACUCCUUCCUGGCGUCGGCCUACCUGCUCGAGCCGUGCCACCUGCGGUUCCUGCGCGGCGAGGACUACGGCCUGGGCCGCCAGACCCUGCCUCGCAACAUCUCCCGUCCCAUUGCCCGCUGUGCCGAGCUGACCGGCUUCCUCCCCUUCAUGGAGUACGCCGGCAGCUACGCGCUGUACAACUACCGCCUCGAGGACCCCUCCCAGGGCCUGCAGUACGACAACCUCCGCCUCAUCCGGGCCUUUGAGCUCGGCCUGGACCCCACGUCGUCCGAGGCCGGCUUCGUGCUGGUGCACGUCGACAUGGUCAAGAACUCCGGGCCCCUCGUCGCGGGGACCUGCGCCUGCCUCGAGGCGGCCGCCAACAACAACAACAAGGCAGGAGGAGGAGGCCUCGCGGGCGCCGACAAGCGCCGGGCCUUCAACGCCGGGCUCGCGGGCAUCCUGUCGUCGCUGCAGGGCAUCAACGCCACCAUGGAGACCAUGUGGAUGAAGUCCAAGCCGCGCGGGUACCACAGCUUCCGCACCUUCAUCUUCGGCAUCACCUCGCAGAGCAUGUUCCCCCGCGGGGUGGUCUACGAGGGCCUGUACGGCGACGAGCCGCAGCAGUUCCGCGGCGAGUCGGGCGCCAACGACUCGAUGAUCCCCAUGAUGGACAACUUCCUGCAGGUGCCCAUGCCCGACACGCCGCUGACCGAGAUCCUCAAGGACUUCCGCAAGUACCGGCCCAGCAACCACCGCGAGUUCCUCGUGCACGUGCGCGACGAGUCGCUGGCCGUCGACGCCAAGGCCUACGCGCUGGGGCUCGGGCGGCACGCGCUGUCGGCGUCGGCGCCGGGCGACGAGGCAGAGAGGCAGCUGCUGAAGGAGUCGCGCGCGCUGUGGAUCCAGAUCAUCGACCAGGUGCGCGACUUCCGGUGGCGGCACUGGUGCUUCGGCAAGGAGUACAUCCUCAAGAUGACGUCGCACCCGACGGCGACGGGCGGCAGCCCCAUCGUGACGUGGCUGCCGAACCAGCUGUCGGCGGUGCUGGCCGAGAUGGUCAACGUGCACCGGGCCAUGGGCGAGCCGGACCUCGGGGACAAGGUGGCGGGCAUCCUGGAGCACGCGGCGCGGCAGAAGGAGACGCUGGCCAAGGAGGUGGAGAAGUACUGCCAGGAGCGCGGCGUGAGCAAGUGA